AUGAAAGCAGGGGAGGAUCGCGAGGUGCAGGAGAAGGAAAGGGUAGUGAAAAUGCAAGGUGAAAUUGUUAAACAACCGGAAGAGUUCAAGUAUUUGGGGUCCACUGUGCAGGCAGAUGGUGGGUCAGAGAGGGAAGUUACGAAAUGGAUACAGGCAGGAUGGAGAGCAUGGAAGAAAAUAACAGGUGUGAUGUGCGACAGAAAGGUUUCAGACGCUGUGAAGGGGAAGAUCUACAAGACCGGCCAUGAUGAACGGGAUGGAGUGGUAGCUGUAACAAAGGCGAAGGAAGGAAAGAUACAGGUUGCGGAAAUGAAAAUGUUAAGAUGGUCCCUGGGACUCACAAGACAGGAUAGAAGAUUUUUGACACUCGCUGGUCCCUGCCUUCGGCCUCCGAGCAUGCGCCCUUCCCUCAUGCAGCGUCUAGGUUCCUUACCACUUUUAUGCUUUCUACUCAGUCCUCGCAGUGGAAACACAAUACGGAUGAAAAUCUCUGUCGACGAGAAAGGUAAAUGGUCUUUACGGCAAAGGAUGAUGACGCCACUGCAACCGGGAGAGCAACAGAUCCCCGCAAUCGCAUAA